UGUGUUUGUGUGUGGCUGAGGCUCCAGAUUAGUGUCGCGUCGCUGCAGCUGCGCCUGCACUGAGCGUGCGCGCGACGGCGCUGCGCGACGCGUUUGACAGCAGCAGGAGAAAGAGAAGAGAAGAGAAGCUGCGGUGCGCGCCGACAAACAACACACUAACGCACACAAGUCCCAUGAAACCGGUCAGGUCGAGGAUUCAUCACUGGAAUCGCAUCCACACUGUUCUAAGCUGCUGACGUCUGGUUGGAACCAGAUGAUCCACUCUUUCAUACAGUCAUAGCAGUCUUGCUUGCUAAUCGUGGAUGCCGCUGUAUGUUUGAAUGAUCACACUGAGUGCGAAUCAGAAGGCCCAGUUGCUUUGACCUGGAGGGGAAGGAUUUUGAUGUAACGCACCCUGCCAUGGACAGGAAGAGGAGUUGCACGCUCUGUGGAGGAGCUGUGAUGCUGCUGCUCCUGCUGGGUCACAUGACCACUGCAUUAGAAGUGCCUCUAGACCCUAAAGUUCUGGAGGGAUUGCCUCAGCCUCCCACAAUAACUCAUCAGUCCCCCAAGGAUUACAUCAUCGACCCUCGGGAGAACAUCAUUAUCCACUGCGAGGCCAAAGGAAAGCCUCAUCCCAGCUUUUCAUGGACACGUAAUGGCACUCAUUUCGAUGUUGAAAAGGAUUCCAAAGUUAUCAUGAAGCCCAACUCAGGCACUCUGGUCAUUGACAUCAGCGGAGAGAAGGCAGAGGCGUAUGAGGGUGUUUACCAGUGCAUCGCCCGCAACGAGCACGGCUCUGCCAUGUCCAAUAACAUUGUCAUCCGUCAGUCCAGGUCCCCCUUGUGGUCAAAGGAGAAAAUUGAGCCAAUCAUGGUGCAGAGGGGAAUGUCUCUAGUGCUGCAGUGCAGACCUCCGGCUGGCCUGCCUCCUCCAAUCAUCUUCUGGAUGGAUAACAAUUUCCAGAGACUUCCCCAAAACAGUCGUGUAUCCCAGGCUUUAAACGGAGACCUGUAUUUCUCCAACGUGCUCAUUGAAGACACCAGAAACGACUACAUCUGCUACGCCCGCUUCCCACACACUCAGACUAUCCAACAGAAACAGCCCAUCACCGUCAACGUGCUGGACAUUGAAGCUAUGAAUGACACUGUGUUGGCAGCUUUUUUGAAUGGCUCAGAUUUUUGGGGUGACAGUCCAUCUGGGGAGAGAGCGCCCACUUUCAUGAACCCACCAGGAACACACAGUACAACCAUGGUCCUGAAAGGAGACACACUGCAGCUGGAAUGCAUCGCUGAUGGCCUUCCAACGCCAGAUAUCUCCUGGAGCAAGGUGAACGGGGAGCUGCCAAGCGGCCGCUUUUCAUUUCACAGUUUCCAGAAAACUCUGAAGAUAACGGAGGUGACAGAAGCCGAUGGGGGAGAUUACCGGUGUUUAGCCAAGAAUCGCCUGGGGAGCAACCAUCACAUCAUCACUGUAGUGGUCAGAGCGGCUCCCUUUUGGAUCAGUGCCCCUCAGAACCUCAUCCUGGCCCCGAAAGAAUCUGGAAUGCUCACCUGCCGGGCAGAAGGCAACCCUAAACCCACGGUCACAUGGUCUGUCAACGGAAUUCCCAUUGAAAACUCACAUAGGGAUCCCAGUCGGAAAAUCGAAAACGGCAACAUCAUCCUCAGUGAUGUUCGGACCGGCUCAAGCUCUGUUUACCAGUGCAACGCCUCCAACGAGUACGGCUACCUGCUGGCCAAUGCCUUUGUCAGUGUCUUGGCUGAACCUCCAAGGGUGCUGACUCCUCCAAAUCAUGUAUACUCAGUCGUCACUAACAGUAGGGCUCUGUUAGACUGUGCUUCAUUUGGCUCACCACUUCCAAAGAUCACAUGGUUUAAAGACAGUCAGAGCAUAGUGGAUGGCGACUCGUUCAUCAUUCAUAAAAACAAUACCUUAGAGAUCAAUGUGGCUCGGCCACUAAACAGUGGCAAGUACACCUGCAUUGCCUCAAACAGUCUUGGAAACAAAGAAAAUCAUGUUUACCUGGAAGUGAAAGAGGCUACACGGAUCAUCAGACAGCCUGGGUAUAAAGUUGUCCAGAGGAACAGAAUGGCUGUGUUUGAGUGUGAAGUCAAACAUGACCCCUCUCUCUUUCCCUCCAUGAUAUGGCUCAAAGACAAUAUGGAGCUUCCCGAUGACACUCGAUUUGAGGUGGGCUCUGACAGUCUGACUAUACAUGACGUGAGAGAGGACGAUGAGGGGAACUACACCUGCAUCAGAAACACCACCCUUGACCAAGAUUCAGCCAGCGCCAUGCUCACAGUAGUCGAGGCCACACCAACACCACCUAUAAUAAUGGACCAACCAGACCCGCCCACAGACCUGGAGCUGACAGACCAACGAGAGCGCAGUGUUCAGCUAACAUGGACCCCUGGGGAUGAAAACAAUAGUCCUAUUCAAUCGUUCCUGAUCCAAUAUGAAGAUUCGCUCCACGAGCCUGAAGUAUGGGUCAAUAUGACUGAAGUCUCAGGUACCAGCACCACAGCACACCUGGAGCUUUCCCCGUAUGUGUAUUACUCCUUCAGGGUCCUGGCACUCAACGACGUGGGUCUGAGUGAACCCAGCGCUCCAUCCAGACAGUACAGGACCAAUCCUGCACGGCCUGACAUCAAUCCAUCAGAUGUUAAAAUCAUUGGAACGUCACCUGACAGCAUGACAAUAACUUGGAGGGAGCUGACCGGGCUGGAGUCGAACGGUCCGGGCCUACAGUACAAGGUGAGCUGGAGACAGAAAGAUCUGGAUCAGCAAUGGACUUCACUCACUCUGGCCAAUGUCUCGCAAUAUGUGGUGACAGGAACGCCCACUUUCGCACCCUAUGAAGUCACCGUGCAGGCGGUCAAUGACUACGGUCAUGGUCCCAGACCAGGCGUAGUGCUGGGAUACUCAGGAGAAGACUUACCAACUGUGGCCCCGGAGAACUUAAAAGUUUCGGUUCAGAGUGGGACAGUGGCUGAAGUGCACUGGGAUGCUGUUCCUCUGUCAACAGUACGAGGGCGACUGAAUGGAUAUAAGGUGAGUUACUGGAAAAUAAGAAGCCUGCAGAAGCAAGACCCUGAGCCUGUGAAACCACAGGAGCUCAUCUUCCACGGGAGUGAGCCGGAGGGUCUUCUGAUCGACCUUCAUCCCUACAGCCAGUACACCCUCAACAUAAGAGCCUUCAACGGGAAAGGAGACGGACCCACCAGCUCCAAUCACAUAUUUGAAACACCAGAGGGAGUUCCUGGGCCUCCUGCAGAUUUAAAAAUCCAAAAUCUGAACCUGGACUCAUUGAUUGUGAAGUGGAUGCCACCUCUAGAAAAUAACGGUCACUUGACAGGAUACUUGCUCAAAUUCCAGCCUAUCAAUACAACAGAUGAACUUGGGCCGCUCAAAGAGCUGCUUCUAGCAGCAAACGAGACCAGCAUCACUCUGGAAAACCUCAAGCACAGCACUCACUACAAGUUCUAUUUGAACGCCAUGACUGUCAAGGGCUCUGGUCCCACUGUCACAAAAGAGGGCUUCACAAUGGUGGACGAAGCAUUAAUUCGGCAUCCCGCAGUAGAGGCGGGUAAAGGCUCAGCCCCCCCUACACCACCACCAGCCCCCCCUGUCACUCAAUCUUUCCAGCCCCCGUUUCGCAAGGCACCUCCUGUUGGUCGGAUGUUUAGGAGCGUGAACUCCUCGGUGGAGGAGGACCAUGCUGUGAUAAGCUGGGAAUACUCGGGGCCAGAUAGGAAUGUUUAUGUGGAAUAUGUUGUUGAUAACAGUAAAGAACCCUGGAAAACAGAGUUUGUAAAUGGCACUCGGACAUAUCAGAUUAAAGGACUUAAGCCCGGGAUGUCAUAUAGGGUUCGGGUGGUUGCCAAAGACCACUCAGAUGCUACGGUCCACAGUACAGAGGAGCUGUUGAUUACAGUUCCAGCCAUGACUAGCAAGCAGGUUGACAUAGCCACGCAGGGCUGGUUUAUCGGACUGAUGUGUGCCAUUGCUCUGCUGAUCCUGGUGCUCCUCAUCGUUUGCUUUAUAAAGAGGAACAAAGGAGGCAAAUAUCCAGUAAAGGAAAAAGAAGAUGCCCAUCAAGACCCAGAAAUCCAGCCCAUGAAAGAGGAUGAUGGGACAUUUGGGGAGUACAGUGACACGGAGGAUCACAAGCCCUUGAAAGGCAGCCGGACCCCAUCCAAUGGGACGGUCAAGAAGGACGACAGUGACGACAGCCUGGUGGAUUACGGCGAGGGAGGAGACGGCCAGUUCAAUGAGGAUGGCUCAUUCAUCGGCCAGUACAGUGGGAAGAAGGAAAAAGACACGGCGGAGGGCAACGAGAGUUCGGAGGCCCCUUCUCCGGUCAACGCCAUGAACUCCUUUGUGUAACUUCCUGACAACACCUCGUGACCUUUGACCCAUCCAACACCCCACCUCCUCGUCACGCCAUCAUAUGGAGAACAGUCUCUAUUCCACUGUGACCCCUGACAUCACAGCAAAAGAAAUAAAACACACUCCCCUAAUGAAGGACAGUGAGAAAGCGAGAAGAGAGCCAGUCCAAGUUUACCGCGAUUGGUUGGAAUGAAAGUCACGUGACAUUGAGACAUAUUAAUUGUAUUAUGUCACAGCGAGCAUACAUAUAUAUUGAUAUGUGUAUAGGAAUAUAUAAAUUGACAUAUAUUUUAUUAACAUGGCCCAGUUUACAUCAGAUGGCAUUGUAUCACACCAUCGCAUAGAAACAGUAAUUGACGUCACAUCCUCAGCAGUAAGGUGCGGUCACAUUUACAGUUAUAAAGCAAAUUUUCACAAGCAAAAUCCAGUCAUUACGGUAAGAAUUGCUGCAAUUUUGCAUGUUUUCACAGAUUCAAAGUGAUUUCUGUGUGAACAGUGCCUCAUUCAUCGCUACAUUAUUGACAAUACACACUGGACUUUUUUUGCGCACAAAACUUCGCUAAUGUGACCGCACCUUUAGCCAGCGUUGUGGAGACCGUGAACCUUGUCUUGACUAUAUGAUACUCACUUUUGCUUCACAGCUAAUGCCUGUUGCAUUCUGUCGUCAGUGUUCAAAUCGGUAUUAUGCACAUUUCAGGCACCAAUGUCUUUGUGGGCAUUGUUGUGGAGUAUGUAAUACGUGUACAAGCUGUUCUUAGGCGUCAGAAGUUUUGAAUAUACAAAAAAAAAUCCACAGAGUUUAAAAACUGGUUAUCAGGGAUGUGAGGUAGCAUGUUUUUAACACACAAGCACUCUACACAGAUGUGGUUGAUCCUUUUCUCAGUUCUCUCGUGGUUUAUUUUGCGCCCAGUGUUUGUUCGAUUUAUUUUACGACUACAUUUUUGAAUGUUUUAUCCCUGAAGAGAAGUCAUUUAUAGACUAAUUAAGGUUCACUUCAUCCAUAACUGUUAUUGUGAAGGAAAGCCCCCCAGUCAGCCAUGUAUCCACCUGUGACCCCACUUUGGGCGCCAGAAUUCACUCUGCUCUUGGUUUGGUUGUACAGUAUGGGAUGCAUCGAAGGCCCCUCAGCACGGUUCCUUAGUGCCUUGGUAGAAAACAUUAUUCUAUACUCAAAAAGAAGAUUCCCUCUCAUCGCUUUGAGCGCAGCCAUUUUUUAUAUCAGUAAUGCAAGCGACACUGAAGUCCGGGGCUGAGCGAAGACCGAAGAGUGAAAGAAAUGAUGUCAUUUACACAGCCACCACAGAAGUCACCUCAAAUUGGGGUGAGGGGCAUCUCAUUCCCCUUAUUGACAGCUCAAAAUACUGCCACUUCUCUGUAAAGAGUGAACUGCUAUUGAUUGGGCUGAUUUGACACACUCAUAACUCCAAUGGAAAUGAACAACUGUAUUUGCAGUGGCUUGCGAUACCAGUAGGCAGAAAUAUACACAUCGUCACAUCAUGUAACUGUUUUUUAAAUCAUGUUGCUGCAUGUUAUGAAGUAUUACGAGCUGUCGAGUGAAGUGAAAUCAGGGCUUCACUAAACACACAGUCUACAGUGGUGCUGUCGUCAAAUACGGCUUAAGUGUGUGUGGUUUUUGCAGGCAUGCAUGAAUAUAUGUGUGCAUUUGGAUUGGAUGAGUGUGAAUGUGUGUUUAUGUCUGUCCACAAUAUAAAUGGGGCGAGCUUUUUUUUGGCAAAGCCCUAGAUUUUCAUGAUUUAGCUUGUCAUAACUUGCAUCAAGUUUUUUAGUUUGGAAUUGUCUGCUUUUUAAUGUAUAGAUCUGACACUUGGUUUGAAAAUAUCCAGCCAAAAUUAGUUUUAGACGCAUUAAAGGAUGCUGAGGCGGCACCGUGAAUGAUCACAACUGAGCCCUUGAGCAUGACGAUAUAUCCCAGAGUGCUCUAAUGGAACUGUCCCAACAAUCUGUGUACUUAAAGUCACUUCGGAUGAAAAAGCCCCUCUCGAAAAGUGAUGACAACCUUAUUUCCUGAGUCUGAAGAACAGAUGACUGAGUAUGCGUAAGGUGCUGCAGAAAACCGCACAGUGUUCCACCUGAAUUCACACACCCAUCAGCUCUUACUCUUUUAAUAGCACUGUUGUUUCCUUUUCUAUUUGGCCAGGUAGUUUAUGACUUUUUUUUCUGCAUCCCCAAAGAAGGAGGCCGGAUUGCACUGCUGUGGGUGCAGAACCUUUCGAUGUGUUUUUGUCAGAGGGGGCAAAGACGAAUGAAACGUAGCGUGUGAAAUAAUAUUCUGGUUAAUGUUAAAGCUACAUGAAAAUAAAGCAUGAAAGGCUGUGAAAUGGUUUACUCUAUAAUAUAAUCGGCAAAAAAAAUCAAAUAUUUUGUAUAUAAAAAGGAUUAAAAUAAAUGUUGGUUUCCGGA